AUGAGCACUUUGAACAACGCCGAUUCCGUCACCAACCAGGGUGCCUUCAAGCCCUCCGUGGCCCCGGAAGCUCCACUCACACAAAAAGGCCACCAGGUCGGCCGGAAAGUCAACGAGGCCGACCAGCGUUCAGAAUUCCACAUGGAAAAGCACCCUCUCGGCACCGCACCCGCCGGCAACUCGUACUCGGCCAACGCACAGGGUGAAGUCGGUAGCCAGGCCGACAAUCCGGCCGUCAUGCCUUCCGACGACAAGGAGGGCGUCUACACCUCUGCCGCCGACACCAUGACUGGAUCCACAUCCGCAGACCUUCACACAGGCAUGGGCAAGCCCAUCAGUGGCCAGACUAGCUCAGAGCUCGCCCACGACGGUGCACAUGGCCGCAAGAAGCAGGGAUCCGGUCUCGAGGGCGUGGGCUCGUCGAUGGAUGACCGAAGUAUCGAGCGCGACAUGCCUAACCAGCGUGGCUUGGAACGUGAACAGAAUGUCAGCGGCCAGCGUGGAAACAAGGCGGAUCGUUCUGCGGCGGAUAUGCGUCCAGAGUCUGCUGAGACCGUGGCUGCUGAAUGGAAGUAUGAGCCUAGCACUAAGCGUUGA